ACAAACUAUUUAUUUUCUGAAAAUCUUUUAACGUUCCAAAAGGAAAAUAAGUUUAUUUUGUUUACAAUUUACUUUGGCUUUGCUUUUUACAACCACAUGCAACUGAUCAUCAGCUCUCCACAAAGACCACAACCCUUAGUUUUCAAAAUAGAUCUUGGAUUUGAAGAAGAGAAGAAUGUUGCCGGAGAGAAAGAUGCAAGAAUGUCUGAGCAAGUCUAGCUUCUCCAAGUCUCUGUCUCCAGGUCAAAACUGGAAAUCUAAAUCCAUGAGGAUUAUUCCGGAAGAGUUCUUGAGAAGCACCCAUGAGUCUUUUGAGCACAGAGUGGUGUUUAGUGUUCCUUGGAACAAUUCUUGGCAACUCUGGCUCCGUCCAGACAAGAAAGGUCUGUUUAUGAUCAAAGAAGACUGGGAUGAGUUUGUGGAUGACAACUUCUUAGGUCUAGAUGAUACCUUGGUCUUCACACACCAAGAAACUAUGUAUUUCCAAGUGAGAAUCUUCAAGAAAGAUGGAAAAGAGAUCAUCUCUGCACCUCUUGAAUUUGAACCCCAAAAGGAGACAACCUCUGCCUCUGCCUCUGCAAGUGGAAGAACAGCUACUCGAGGGAGAAAGAGUUGUGCUAAUUUGCAAAACCCUGAGCGAUACCUCUUAAACCCCCAAAACCCUUAUCUUGCGAAGACGCUGAAGAAAACAAAUCAUUUGCUGCAUGUGGGCCUUCCGGUGAUUAGGCAGUAUGGCUUGGAGUUUGGUCCCCAUGAUUCCUCCAUGUACUUCAUUCUUCCCGAUGGAAAUAAAGUGGAUGGCUUAACUAAGUAUUACAACGAUUUACCUAGUUUCCUUGGCUGGGCGGAUGUAUGUCAACAGUACAACCUCAAAAUAGGAGACAAUGUAGUUUGUGAAUUUGAACUCUCAGGACGUGUGGUUGCAGCUGUUAGAGUUCAUUUCGUCAAUCAAUGAGGAGAUAGCUCUAGUCUCCUUCCUCUGAACUAGGUUUCUAAGCAUAUGUUUUACUAAUAUAUAGUAUUGUAAUGAUUGAUGUGACCUCUAUGUUGGUUCAACGAGUUUGUAGCUAGCGCUAAAUGUAUUUCUGUUGGUUUAACAACUUGCAAUGCUAAGAUACGUAGUACUAGUAUAACCUGCUAAUAUACUUUGGUUCGGAUUGGUA